AUGGGCACAACACUGACUGUCAAUCUACAAGGCGGAGGAAACAACUGGACUGGAGGCACAGUAUGCUCAGAAGGCUGGACCUGUGUUGUCCAAAACCCAUGGUACUCCCAAUGCCUGCAAACAGAGAGUACUCCCUCGCCAGUCGCCAGUUCCGCACCCCCAGCAGCAACAGUCAGUUCUGAGCCAGUCGCAAGCUCGGCGGCACCCGAGCCUUCCACCACAGUGACUCCUACCGUGGAGCUCGCAACAACCACGACGACCUCCGCAGAAAGCACUGCUACCAGUGCCAGCACACAAGCAACGGCCACCAGUCCUGCCUCGAGCGGAGGCCUGACCUACAAAGCAUCCAUGACACACUACGGUGCGGGAGACAGUUUCGGUUCCCCAAACUGCAACACCAACACGGCCGCCUGUUUCUUCUACACCUACCCCGGAUUCAGCGCCGCAGUGAGCCAAAACCUCUACGGCGUAGGCCCCGGUGCAGGCCAAGGUCCGGCCUGCGGCACAUGCUGGAAGCUCACGGGCGAGACCGACUCGUCCGGGAACAAACUGAGUAACGCCGGAACCAGCAUCGUCGUCAUGAUCAACAACUUGUGUCCUGCAGACGGCAACCCGCUGUGUUCCCAGGACGGGUUGACAGGCACCAACCAGUACGGCGCCAACGUCAACUUUGAUCUUUGCAGCGACAGCGGUGCCUCGGAGGCGUUCUUUGGAGAUAGUGGCGUUGGUCUUGCAGUUGGCACGGCUACCCAGGUUGACUGCUCCGAAUGGUCUGGUACCAUUGUCCACUAG